AUCAGCUGUAAAAUCAGACUCCCACUCACGCUGGCACUGCUCGUUUUGUCACUUUCGUUUACAGCAUAAUGGCAACUUACAGGGGCUGCGCAUGCUCUAAGACUCUCUCACACACACACAGAUCGACAUAUACAGAUCAGAUACCUGACAGCAGCUGACUAACUCAGGAUGGUGAAGACGUCAGGAAGAGUCACCAGUUGCUGUGUGGCUCUGUUCUUUGCCUUGACCUCUGUGACAGCUGUAGAAAAACUCAAUUCAAUCAAUGAUUUGAAGAAAAUCGACUUUGGAAAAGCUGUGCCCAAGCACAGUCUUUUGCUGCUCCACUGGUUUGCCAACACAGUUGACAUCGACAAUAACAAUAUCAUACAGCUGACCUUUGACCUAAACAGAGGAGAUUAUGGCUCACAUCAUUAUGGCAACUUUGAGGGGCUGUUGGACCCACUGCCUUGGGGAAAUGGAUACAGAUACUAUACUAUUGGCAACCUCAAUCAAGAAACGUCCAUGCCACUUCCAUCUUAUGUUGUCCGCCCCCAAAGGGAGUAUAUGGGAAGAAACAGAGACAGAAUCAUCAUUCGUGUCAGUGAGCAGAACACAGGAUGGGGAGCUUUGCCAAGGAUAGACCAAGUGUAUAUCACACAGCAUUAUGACACUUCUGAGAAUCAGGGGACACCUUAUGAUCCAGCUCAUACCUACCAGAUCACUACUGACCUCUUGAGACAGAUCAGAGAUUUUUCUGCAGGACAAAACCAACAGCAGCUCUUGCAUCUGAGAAACCGCUAUGGAAGUAACGCUGAUGAUUUCCGGUUAAGGGACAUCAGAAUAAAAUGGGGGGACCUUGCUUGCCUUGGACUGCUGCUGUUUAUUGUGAUCCAGGAAAAGCACUCCUUUAACCAACGCAAUAACAGACCCGAAAACAACUCCAGACCGGUAAACUACCCCAGACAUGAAAACAGAAGAAAUGAUUGGGUUGACGGUGCUUCAGAGAGAUGCACCAACAUUCCCAGAGAUUUUAGAGGCCAAAGUGACGUUGUAGUGGAUUUCAACAAUGAUGAGGACCAUGAUGCCAGCAGCAUGACUUGGAGCAGAGAAUCAGGCAGUGAAUACAUCUCAUUACCCCGGUGCAACAUCAGGAGGUUGUUCUGUAUUUUAUGUAUCGCAGCCUUAGGUUUAAUUUUAUUGGGUAUUGUGUUAUUUUUUUCUCUAAGAGACAAUAAAACUUUAUUUUAGUUCAGUCAAGAUUGAGAUACAGGCUUGGGAUUAACAUGCGUGUGAUAAAAAGCCAAACACUUCAAAUGGCAGAUUUCAGACUCUGUGCUAUGAAAGGCUGAGAGUCUUCAGGACAUGUGAAGCUUCAUAGCUCUCUUUACUAAAUUGCACUUUGUUAAUAAAAGCAGAAAUUGUUCAUUAUUACAAAAGUAUUUGAACUAGGCAAAAUGGCUUUUACUGUUUAUUACAAUGCACUAAUCUGGCAAGAUCAUAAAGCUUCAGGCUUCAUCUGUGUCACUUUCCAGCAAGUAUAAUCUAAUAGUAAUGACAUCCUGCUGAUUGAUCCUGUGUCUGAGACAGAAUGUAAAUUGUUCUCAUGGAUAAAUGAAACUGAUAAGUGAACGGCUCUAUGGUCUGUUAAGGACAGCCUACACUGAUAAUGUAUUAUCGAAAAACAAGAGUGAAUUGUAUUGAUUUCAUUUUAUUUCAGUGUUGUUGAAAUUGUGUUUAUUAAACUAUAAUUUAUCAGUCAGACGUCCCAUGUCAGUUUUUUUAUUUUAAGAUCAAGAAAACUGGAUGAGUACAAGUUAGAUGUGUAAAAUCACGAAGACAACUUUACUCUUCCUCGUUCGACAGACAAUUACAGGAGAGACCCAGAUACAGUUAGUAUAAAACAGAUAUCUGGAGGUAUCAGCUUUGUAGAACAAAUUGGCUCAACAUUGCUUUUUAACUGCUAUUUUGCCAAUUGUUUAACUGGCAUUUAAUGAUCGUAAAUGUCUUAAAGGGUAGUCUCAAAAACUAUUUUGCACCAGAAUUUGUAUUCAAACUCUUUAAAAAAGGAUAGAAAUAUCUUCCUUUAUGGAUGAUAAAUACUGUCAAUCAAUUUUAGCAAAAAAGUUUUUUUUGAAAAAGUAGCAUCCUGAUGACCUAGUGGUCUAAAACCACUGCAUACCUGGUUUGAAUCCUGCUAGAGAUGUUUUGUUGCAAGUCAUCUUCGUUGCUCUGUACUGCGUACUGUCUGAUAAGGCAAAAAGCCAAAUUCAUCACCUUGUUUAGGCUGACAACAGCAUUAAAGAGAACAAAAAACAAUCAUCUAACAUUAGUUUACCUGCCAAUAUUUCACUCAACUUUCAGGCAAUGAUCCCUUAAAUUUGGUAAUCAAGAAUUGUGCCACAUGUGCACUGGGGUAGGUCACUUUACUGGCUAAGAUGGCAAUUAUGGUAUAAGAUAAGAGUAAACAGUGAACUGUGACCUUCAAUGGAAACUACAAUUACACAAAAAUGAAAUUUUG